GGCUGUUUGUUUCCCCGUCAAACGAGUCGUCGAAAAAUACAUAAAUUAGGGGGAAAAAGGAAAAAAAGAGAAGAAAAAGAAAGUAAAGGAGAAAUCUGGUGUUUCUUCUCUAUCUUCUCUCCCACUUUUUUAGAUUUUGAAUCUCCUUUUCGUUCUUCCCCCAUCCAUCCUUCCUUCCCUUUCCCUGCCUCUGUUCUGAGGUUGUCGAAUCGAGAGACAGAGAGAGGGUUGGAUCGGCGUUCGGCUCGGUUCUUCUUCUGCGAUCUUCAGGACUAGAAAAAAAAAAAAAAAAAGCGAAAAUGAGAGAGGUGAUCAGCCUUCAUAUUGGACAAGCUGGGAUUCAGGUCGGGAAUUCAUGCUGGGAGCUUUACUGCCUUGAACAUGGCAUUCAACCUGAUGGCACCAUGCCCAGUGACACAUCGAUCGGGAGUGAGCAUGAUUCCUUCAACACAUUCUUCAGCGAGACUGGUUCUGGGAAACACGUCCCCAGAGCUGUCUUCGUUGAUCUGGAGCCCACCGUCAUUGAUGAAGUGAGAACAGGGAGUUAUAGGCAACUUUUCCACCCUGAACAGCUUAUAUCCGGCAAGGAAGAUGCAGCCAAUAACUUCGCCAGAGGACAUUACACUGUGGGGAGGGAAAUCGUCGAUCUGUGCCUUGAUCGAAUUAGGAAAUUGGCAGAUAACUGCACCGGCUUACAAGGAUUUUUGGUAUUUAAUGCUGUUGGUGGCGGCACUGGUUCUGGUUUGGGCUCGUUGUUGUUGGAGCGCUUGUCAGUGGAUUAUGGAAAGAAGUCUAAACUCGGCUUCACCAUCUUUCCUUCACCUCAGGUUUCAACAGCUGUCGUUGAACCUUACAACAGUGUGCUCUCCACUCAUUCUCUCCUCGAGCACACAGAUGUAGCUGUGCUUCUGGAUAAUGAAGCUAUCUAUGACAUCUGUAGGAGAUCUUUGGACAUUGAGAGGCCGUCUUAUACCAACUUGAACCGCCUGAUAUCCCAGAUCAUCUCUUCCUUGACCACUUCCUUGAGGUUCGACGGCGCCAUUAAUGUGGACAUUACAGAGUUCCAAACCAAUCUUGUGCCUUAUCCUCGCAUCCACUUCAUGUUGUCAUCAUAUGCCCCUGUAAUCUCAGCUGCAAAGGCUUUCCAUGAGCAGCUAUCUGUUCCUGAGAUCACUACUGCAGUGUUUGAGCCUUCAAGCAUGAUGGCCAAAUGUGACCCACGGCACGGCAAAUACAUGGCUUGUUGUCUUAUGUAUCGUGGGGAUGUUGUGCCAAAGGAUGUUAAUGCUGCAGUUGCCACGAUCAAGACCAAGAGGACUGUUCAAUUUGUUGACUGGUGCCCAACUGGUUUCAAGUGUGGCAUCAAUUAUCAACCACCAACCGUGGUUCCCGGAGGUGAUCUGGCCAAGGUGCAGCGUGCUGUCUGCAUGAUAAGCAACAACACAGCUGUGGCUGAAGUCUUUGGCAGAAUUGACCACAAGUUUGACCUCAUGUAUGCCAAGAGAGCUUUCGUUCACUGGUAUGUCGGUGAAGGCAUGGAGGAAGGAGAAUUCUCAGAAGCUCGUGAAGAUCUUGCAGCACUCGAGAAAGACUACGAGGAAGUUGGCGCAGAAGGUGCUGAUGAUGAAGAAGAAGGUGACGAGUACUGAAAAAAAAAAACUUGUCCUAGAGGGGCAUAUUACAUAACUAAUGUUUGACGCCCUCCCAUUUUAUCUCUCAUUUGUUUUCUCCCGCUCUGUAUUUCAUAUGAUUUCAAGUACUGCUACUCCUUCUAAUUCUACUAUGCUCUGUUAAUGUCUUUGAUUUUUUGAGUAUCCCCCUCUCUCAUUCUGUCUCCUUGCUUUGUGCUUAAUGCUUAUGCUGGUUUUUGAAGUAGAGCUUUGAAAUGUAUUAUCCUUUGUUGAUUCGAGAAGAGCCAAUAAAUAUCACUUCUUAUCUGGGCUCUCCUAGCGCGUCAUGCUUCUCCAUCCUGCAAUGAUUUGAACAAAAACUCAGUGGGAGUUUCAUUUGGAGAAGAGCACAAGGCAACUUAUUGGUGAACGUCUCUACUGAUGUUGCUAGCAAACUACCCUUUGAUAGGAACUGCAUUAUAUUGGGAAUGUACAAUGUGGAUUAUGUAUAUGCAGGGGAGGAGCAUACAAGAAAACCCAAAAAAUUAAGUAUAUCAUCAAAUUGCCUCUUGUCCCUCGAAUUUGCCAUCUGGGUUCUGGUGGUUUAUGUAUAAUUGUGACUUCUGAAUAAACAAAAUUGCUAAGUUUGUCUCUUUUCCCUCCACCCUCCAUCCUUUUGUUAGCACUUCAUCAGCAACAUUGCUUCCACACACUCGCCUUUGUUAUUUGGAAUGACUUGGUCAACCUCAAUUGAUUGGCUGGUGGAUCAGUUGUUGUUAUCACUAACAACCAUUUACUCUGCUCCAAAUGCUAACCGCCUAACAGUUAACACUGCAAUUACUGUCUCAGAAGUCUUCAUUAUAUAUUAAGCCAGGGAGAAAACAGAAAGGGGACCAAUAUGAAAAAGGGGCCAAAAAAUCUGUGGCAGUUCACAUUGCUCAAGCUUGUAUUGUUGGUGGUUCAACAUGGUGUCUCGCUGCGAGGGAUCUUCUUGCCAUGGCGGAGGUGGGUCUCGUUGCAAGGGUAAGGUUUUUGUGUAGGGGAAAAAGAGAGCUUGUAGUGCUGAUAUGUGAAGAGAGCAGGUGCAACCAGAGAGCCUAACAAUCUCAAACUCUUAUAAAGAUCACUGUCAAAGCCCUGUCAUUAAGCUAAAAACUUCACAAAUAAGUUAAGGGGGUUUUGCCAACUGUUAUACAUAUAAUUAUUGUAUGGGGAAUUUUGCCUUGUAGACAAAGACUAACUAAGGCUAAUUGCUUUCAUUGAAGAUUAAAAAAAAGGGGAAUUUGUCCCUUCUUUCACCAUUUUCCUCACUGAAUUGCAGCAGCUUCAGAAACUCUUUAACUACUUUGUCAAAAAAUGGUCUUCUUAUAAUCAAGAAUAAUGUGAACG